AUGGCCAGGGACCCGACACCUUCAUCGGGUCAAGGGAAACCCCGAGACAGCCCUGAAUCGGAGCUGCCCCAGUCUGUACUGGCCCCAGGAGCCCCACCUGGAAGGCAAGACGGUGACUCUGAGACCUGGCACGUCAGCUUCAGAGCGUUCACCGGCUCGCAGGAAUCGGACCCUGUCAGCGACCUGGGGAGGCUCUGGGAACUCUGCCACCUGUGGCUGCGGCCGGACCUGCACACCAAGGAGCAGAUUCUGGACAAGCUGGUGAUGGAGCAGUUCAUGAUCUCCAUGCCGCUGGAGCUCCAGGCCCUGGUCAACGAGAGUGGGGUGGAGAGCUGCAGAGACCUGGAGGCCAUGCUGAGAAGCAACCCCAAGAGCCCCAAGAAGUGGACCAUAGUCACCUUACAAGGACAGAGAUUUCUUCUGCGAAAUUCAGAUGUUCAGAUGGCCGAAGCGGAGGACAGUGACGCGGACAACGUGAUGGACUUGUCCCGGAAGCCCCAGCCCUCAGUGGGCGACAUGCACCCAGAGCGCAGCCAGGGGGUCGGCCGAGAGCCGCUGACUCUGCCAGGAAUCAAUGAGAUGUCAAGGGGGCAGGGACAGAAAGUUCUCCUGCCAGAGACCAUGCCUGCAAAGGGAGGCCUGGGGGGCCCGAGACCCCAGCAGACCUUGGAGAGGGAGCUGAUGGAAGACAGGGAAGAGCCCCAGCUUCAGAAGGGCCCUGCAUCACCACCUCCUGGGCGGGAGCUGGCGCUCAGGUGCGACACCUUCUCCAUCGCCACCUCUUCCAGCGUCCAACGAUCCAACCGGACAGAAGACCUGGCCCCAGGCGGGAGCCCGGGAGAGUCUCACGAGCGCCCCAGAAGCUCCCAGAGGAGACGACUGGACUCUGCCCCCAGUUCCCACGGGACUCAGAAAGGAGCCACACGUUUGGACAGAGUGGGAAUCGGGGGACAACCUGGGUCCGGUUCGGCCCGGUUCCAAUGCGGGGAGUGCGGCAAAGGGUUUCGGUACUGCUCUCAGCUCAGCAUGCACCAGAAGAUACACACCGGGGAGAGGCCCUUCGCCUGCAGGCUCUGCCACAAGGGCUUCCUCCAGCCCUCGGACCUCCGCGUGCACCAGCGCACCCACACCGGCGAGAGGCCCUUCGCAUGCGCACUCUGCCCGCGGCGGUUUGCCCAUGACUCCACGCUGCGCACACACGGCAGGACCCACACCCACGAGAGGCCCUUCUGCUGUGACACGUGCGGGAGGGCCUUCAGCCACAAGGGGAACCUGCUCGUGCACCUCCGCACCCACUCCGGGGAGCGGCCCUACGCGUGUGGCCCCUGCGGCCGCUCCUUCCGGCAGCUGGGCACCUUCAAACGCCACCAAAAGGCGCACUGCAAAACGGCCGGGCAAUGA